AUGAGCAACAAUCGUUGGAGUAAAAUCAGUAAAAAAUUCACGGACAAUCCAGACAUCACGAGUGAUGAAGUUAAAACAUUUUUGGAAAUGAACUUCACGAAUGGAUAUCAUGAGAAAUUGUGCGGAUCUUCAACUAGCUCGACUCGAAUUGACCCAGGUCUUAUUAUGGAUAUGAGACAUGAAUCGGUAUGUAAACUGACCAAAGUUAAUAAUUUCCAUGUUAAGAUUUAUGCUCAUUACUUUUUAAAGAUCAAAAGCAGGAAAGCGAUCAAUUCAUCAAGCAAAUUUAAGGCGCAAAAAGAGCUCAAUAUGGAAAGCAUAAGAAAUCAUAAUAAUCUGGUAGAGUCGAGGAUGAUUGUAAAUGAAUUGUCGAAGUUCAAAAUGGAUAUCAGGAAAUUGAGUGCAAAAAGCAGCAUUGCUACAUCCCAUCGAUAUGUUGACAGUCUGGACAGCUGCGACGAAGACUCUGAAGAAAUGAAACUUCUCGAAGCGUUACGAAACAGCGAAGAUGCUACGUUUGCCUUUAAAAAUGAUUCCAACAAUAUCGUCAUUGAAAAGAAGAGGAAACACGUCGAGAUGAAACCAAAAAUCGAGUUUCAUGAGUUAAGUUAUGAAGAGGGAAGUGGUUUGAGUGGCUUCAGUGGAUCUUCUACGACUAUCUCGGAAGAGUCACAGGAAAAAGCUGUUCACUUCAAAGAAGAUUACAUUAAAGUGUCUACACAGCCAAAGAGCGCGAACCUACAAGAGUUUCAAGAAUAUUAUGAAAUAAGCGAAGAUCACAACAAGUUCAGCACCGACGAUGACUUGGAAAAAACAAGUGAAAUCCACGACGAUGACUGUUUCCUCUGUUUCAAUGACGCCGAACGUCAGUUUUCUUCUCGCAGUUUUGAUCUGCAACCUUUUUAUAGUUUACCGAACUUAAACGACGGAGAUAUUGAAGGUUUAAUGAAGAUAACUAAAUUCCAGUCAAUGAUGACGGUAGAAAGAACUUCGCUCAAGGAUUAUGCUUGUACUUCAACUCCGGAUUUAUCUUCAACCAAUGAAGAUAACAAAAUUCAACAACUGAACAGAUCGAUUGAAGAAGCAGAAACUGAAAGAAUGUUGAUUGUGCGUAGAAUGGAAAUUGAAGAGAAAAAUUACCAACAACUUGUUAUCAUGAAUAACUCAACUGAUCCCCCGCCAAUUGAAAGCGAGAAAAUUAUAAGCAACUUGUUCUUGGAGAGUCAAGAAAGUGUCGAAGAGAAGCGAUUGCUUCGUGCAAGCUUCAAAGAUUGGCUUCAGAAGACCACAGUUGCAAAAAUUUUGAAGACGAAUGCUUUCAACAACGAAGACCGUGUUAAGAAAAUUAAUAUUUUUUUGAAUAAAAUUCGACUCGAGCAUAACAAAAAUUUAUCACAUAAAGCAAAAACUGAAUCGAAAGCUUCGAUAGCUAAACAAACUUCCACGACAAAGAAUGGAAAAGCGCUGAAGAAAGAUUACGAACAUAAAAUGAAGAUCCAACAAGAUGUUAUCGAACUUCAAAAGCUUAAAAUUCAACGACAAGAACGUUUAAUAACCGAAAUGAAAUUGGCAAAAUUUUCAGAAAUGUUGAAAGAUUCAAAGAAUGAUUUAAAGAAAGAAUUGAUCAAUGCUAAGCGUGGCAAUACAAAAAUCCGAGCAAAAGCUCGAUGCAUUCAAGUAGCUGCAAAUAUUCCACCAGAUCCAGAAGAAGAAGAGCGACGACAACUUCUUGCGCAAGGUUUAAUUGUUCCAAAGUUUCUUCAGCAAAUGCAAGAACGAGCUUCUGUUCGGUUGGCAAGACAUGAUGAAGCACGUGAAAGGCGUUUAAAGUUGGAACAAGAGAAAGAAGAACAAAAACUUGCUGCUGAAAUGGCAAAGAAAUUGGAAGAUGAAGAAGCGAAACGUAAAAGAUUGUUGGAAAUGCGUGAGAAACGCCGUCAAGAGAAGCUCGCUAAACAGAUAAAGGAACAAGAACGCCAAAGAUUUAUGGAAAACAUGAAGAAAGCAAAAGAAUUGUAUGCAAGAAAUCUUCUUAAAAACAUUGGCUUUAAAGGCUUUCAGCUUCUUAUUCGAUUAAAACGAACAAAUCAUAAAAAGUCAACAAUUCAUCGUAGAAAAAUGUGCAUGAAUAAAUCAUUCACUUUAUGGCACAUGAACACAAAGAUAAUUUGGGAUGGUAAAAGAGCUCAAGCAGAUCGUUUGCAUGAACUUUCUGUGAUGAGAUUUUGUUUUAAAGUUUGGAAGCAUAUUCACAGUAUUAACAAGAAAAAAUCGCUUGUCGCCAUCGACUGGUACGAAGUGAAGAUCACAGAAAAGUUAUUCAAAUGUUGGAUUCAAUUUACAUCACAAAGCAAAUUUUUUGAAAACGCAAAGAUGAGAAAAGCUGAGGCACAUUACAAUUGGUAA